UUCAAGGUUGUUGAAUCAUUGUAUUGGAUUGAUCUACCUCCUUCAAACCAAGAUACUAGUUUAACUGUUGCAGCUUAUAUUAACAUUUUUUCAUUUAGUUUAGCUCAUUUCACGAAACACAACUGUAGGUAGUAUGGCUCAAAGAAAUUGUAAAUUCCAAACAGAUACGGCUAUCAGUAAAUAUAACCGUAAAAACCAUAAACGCGAUGAAGUUCUGGACGUGAGGGUAUCGUCGUCUAGAGAUGAUGAUGAUAUGAGGCGAUUUGAGAUUAUAGAUUCUGGAAGUAAUAAUGAUAAUGGUUGGGAUGUAAAUGAUAUGUUUAAACAAAAUGAAAUAAAAUAUGGUGUCAAAUCAACAUUUGAUGAAUCAUUAAAAGAUUAUACGACUGAAAUAAACAGAGAUGCAUCAGAUUUCAAGGAGUUAGAAGCAAAAGCUGCUCAUUUGGCAAAGAAAAUUCAGAGGAACGCGAUUUCCCAAAAAAGAGCCGAAUUGGAAAAUUGCGAUGAAGAAGAAAUUCGAAAUAAUAAAUUACAAAGACCGGAAUCUCAACAGUAUUAUAGUAAUCAUCGCUAUUCUCAAAAAAUUCAAAAUAAUCGAUUCAAAUAUUCAAAAACUCCUAUGAACGAAUGGCAGAAAUUUGUUUGUAGUUUAGAAACCAAAAAUGUUCAUCGAAACCGUGGACGAUAUAUUCAAAAUUACGAUAUUUUAAACGCAUCUACACCACCCCAAUACCAAGACGAAAAUAAUAAUGGACCUUCAGUUGUUAAUCAUAUAUCUCCUGCCAUCGUGAUUGAUAACAAUAAUAAAUGUAAUCAUCUUAGUAAUCAUCGUUAUUCCCAAAAAAUUCAAAAUAAUCGACACAAAUAUUCAAAAAAUCCUAUGAACGAAUGGCAGAAAUUUGUUGCUGGUUUAGAAACCAAAAAUGUUCAUCAAGUUGUACAAGAUCUGAAUGAAAAAGUUGGUAUUUCUAGAUGUAUAACAAACACUGAACAACUUGAUAUCGUGAUGUCUUGUCCAGAGGUUAGAUCUCAGAUAAUAGUUUCCUCUGAUAAAUGUGAUCCAAAAAGUGAAAUACCACCGGUUCCUAUUAGUGAUGAUGACAAAAAUGAUCUCGAGAAAACCAGUACGGGUGUUACUGAUAUACAAAUUCAAGAACACAAAGAUGAAUCUCAAUUAUUCUUAAAUUAUGACUUACAAAGUACUGAAAAUGAAAAUAUUGUCGUAGACAAAAUUCAAGAAAACGAUGUAGAACAAUCCAUUAUUGAUUGUCAUAAUGGUGACUUAAUAAUCCAAAACAAUCCUACUAAUCAGUCGAGUUUGGAUAUUUUUUCUCGAACAUUAAAUGAACCACCAUACGGAAAAGCAGAAAUAAUUGAAAUGAAGAAUGAAAAAAGUAUUCGUUUCAAAUUUAAUCCGUUAGUUAAAGAAUUCAAACCAUUUAAUCCACCGGAAACCAGUCAAUUACCACCUACAACAUCAUCAUACAACGUCGUCAUGCCAGCUUUGAUACUAACCCCAGUAUACCAUCAACAGGCGGUUCCAUUUGCAAUUAUGCAACCUAGAUAUUUAUAUGGGUAUUCGGAGUUUGUGAUUGGUUUCGAACAGACACUUCUACCAAUCAUUUCCAUGGUUUCAAAUAUUCCAUGA